AUUUUAAAAGAUUGCUAAGAUAUAUGCAUAUAAUUAAUUAUUUCAAGAAAUGUCUGUUAUUUCGAAUGAUAAACAUAAUGGUUUGAUCGAAACCUCGCAGCUGGUUUCGCAACAAACUGCGACAAUGCAAUCGAUGGAAGAUGAUUGCGGAGACAACAAAAAACCUCCGCCCUAUUUACCUCAGUCCGAAGAUGAUUAUCCACCGAAGCCUGAAUGCUUGAUGGAACCGCUUGGUCCAUGGGCUACAGGCAGUGUAACGUGCUCUACUAAAGGCGGUAUCACAGGUUUGAGACCAGUUGUAGAUCGAUAUACCAUCACUCGUUAUGGACCAAGCGAAUGGCGGGCGCAUAAUUUGAAUAUCUUUCAAGAAUCGAAUGAGAAAAUUUGUGAUGCUCAAGUCACAGCCAACAAUGCGAAGCAGUGCGUAGAACAAACGUACGCAGCAGCCGAUAAAACGCAAUUAGAAACGACGGAGCAUUUAAAAACACGGGCUAACGAGGUGUAUCGUUUGAAGACAGAAUUGGAGCAUGCGAUCUCUGCCAACGUGGAAGAAAUAGGAUUGUUAGAAGCUGAGCGUCGUCGAGUACAGCGAUCUUUGUCAAUAUUGACCAUCCCAGCAUCUAUUGCAAACGAGUUUCUGCAGAUACGCUCUUCUCGCCUGGAAUCGGAUCUCGUUCGCGACAACGUCGAGGAACAACUAACAAAGGAAAUAGCGCUUUGUUCCGAAAUACGAACUUUAUUAAAUAGAACUUAUGAACAGAUUGAGACACAAAUGACUGAAUUAAAAACAGUCAAAACACGAAUGGAAAGCGAUUGGUCCGAUAAAGUUCAUACUUAUAACAUAGACUCCUUGUGCGUGAAUUUAUCUAAUGAUUCUCCGCUUUUAUUGUGGAAAGCUGGAGCUACGAGGAUCCCAGAGGAUCAAUCAACUCCUACGAGCUAUGAACACUUCACGCGAGAAGCACUAGCUGCCGGCGAGAGUGCUAAACAAAAAUCCAUAAAUUUAAGAUCGACUUUGAACAAAAUAUUUAUUAAUUUCGUCAAAGACCUACGCGAUCAAGCAACUUGCGUUGAUAUUGCACUCGCUGAAAAUGUGAAACUUACGCAAGAUUGUCUUGAGCAAUUAGAGAAGGAAUUACUUCGCUGCUUGCGUGAAUUAGCGAGUACGGAAAAGCUGAUUGAAGAACUUCGAGAUUCAACGAAGGGAUUAAAUAAUGCCAUGAAAUUAGCACAAACGAGAUUGGAUAAUAGGUUGAAUCGAUGCAAUGUUGAAAGUUGUCGAGAUGCAAGUCAAUUUGCCCUUAUUGAAGAAGUGAAAUCUCUUGGUGAGCAGAAAUCCGCUUUAUUGACAGAAUUAAAACGCACUGAGGAAUCUCAGGCGAAAUUAGUCAAAACAAGAGGUACCCUUGAACACGAAAUAAUGGUAAAACGAAAGACCUUGUACAUAGACAAGGAACGCGGUCAGGUACUGCGUUCAUUCUUUCCUUCAUCUACAGAUUUGUCUGGAUUUUAAUAAAUUAAAUAUCUAUGCAAAAUGUC